AUGAACCCAUUGAAUCCAGUCGAUAUCUGGAAAAAGUCCUCCUGGUCGGACCAAGAUUCGUAUACGACAUCGAACGCUGGCACAAAAUCACUUUUCCUGACUGCACCGGUUAUUUCAUCUUUCGCUGGUGAUGCGAAUUAUUUGCGCAGAGUCUUCAAAGCAUGGCCGAUAGCAACAGAAAAAAAAGCCGUGUUUUGGCCAGCGCAUGCUACUUUGAUAGCUUGUGGAUUCACCGGCAUAAUAACGGGAAUACGUGUCAACUCCUACACUUUUCUUGGCGAUCCAAACUGUGCAUACACAGAAAGUUUGCGAAAAUGUCCCAGAUUAACGUGGAUCAUUUCUCUCUAUACUUCAGCACUUGUUUAUUUUGGCCUGAAUGAGAAUAUCGUGCGUAGAUAUCUUUACAGUCACGGAACUCUCUGCAACACUUGUUUAAUAUUAUCUAGCACAGUAACUGCUCUAGCGUGUGGAAUCGCCUUACCUAUGCUCUCCACACCAUAUCUGACAGCAGCAGCAGCUAUUCUUCAAGGAGACAAAGAUGCCAUACCACCAAUAAGAAAAAGUAGGAAUUGGCUCAAUUAUUUAUUUCGGUGGAAAAUUGGUAUAAAUGCUUGUCGAGGAGUGCUACUGCCCAUGUCUUUUGGAUUGGCCACAGUUGCUGGCUUUUCGAUGUAUAUUCGUCUCUGGGGUAGAAAAAAGAUUCUGGACACCCUUUCAGUAGAACCUGAAUUUGUGUCAGAAAUUGCUGAAAGUUGA